CUCUCAGUCAUGAACGCAGAACGGCAGAUGAUAGACACGUUCUGUCGUAAACUGAACGUGGUGAAGGUGAGCGAGCGCGCGGCACAGUUCUACACUCAGCUAAUGAGUGCGAGUGCUGGACGCACCCACCACCCUUCUCUCCAACAUCCUCAGGUGAAAGUGUGUAUUUGUAUAGAGCUAGCUAGUCGACAACAUCGUCUACCAAUAGAGAAAUCAUUCCUUAUAAAGUUAGCUGGAAUCCCACAGAAACAGUAUAAAACAGCCUUCUCCGUAUCUGAGUCUCUUCUUAAAGUCAAGAACAACGCUACUAUGCAGCAGUUAGGAGUACAAUUCUCAUGCAGUAUUCACGUGACUAAAGCUACCGAGAUACACAGUUUCUAUAGCAACAAGAUAAACAGGAGGCAGAAAGAGAUGGGACACGAACCCCUGGAUUUAGAAGGGCCUCUUUACAAGUGCGCUGCAUUUGUUGCUGCUGCCAAGAUGUGUAGAAGUCGAACUAACGCCAGAGAGUUUUGCACAACAUUAAGCUUAACAGCCUCUCAAUUGGAGACCAUAUCUAAAGACAUGCUCUCUUUUAAAGAUGAGAUGAAAGAACAGAAAGUCUCACAAACAUUUGCCCAAAAAUUAGAAGCAAGAUCACAGCAACUAAACCAGAAUUCAGCCAAGAAAAAGUCAGCUGCAGAUGAGAACUUACUGUGGAAAUUCUACCCAACUGGAACCCUCCGAUCAGUUUAUAAUCAGGAUUUCUUGAACUGGAAGGAAAAGAUGAUAGCUCAGGCAUCGUCUUGAUUUUAACGAUUUAAUAUUUUUAAUAAUUAUAUUUUACAUUUUACAUUAAAUUGUUUUUAACAGGAAUUUUUGACGUGAUAUAAUAUUUGAAAUUUAAGUAACAGUGAAAUAACUGUUAGUUAUUGCUAUUAAAACUUUUGUACCAGUACAGUGAUUGACUUUUUGACAACUAAUGACGAAUUUGCUUCCUUUUUACCGUUC